GGCCUAUAGCAAAGUCGCGCUCCGAUGACGUCAGGGCGUCUGCGUUGCCCUCUCUCCCGAUAUAUUUAUAAAAAUUAAUGUGUCGAUUAAUGAAAGAGGGAUACCGAUAAAUCGGGAAGGUCGGUAGGAGAACAAUGCGUUUCGAACGGUUUCGGGGAGUCAGGUGAAGGCAAUGUGAUAGAGCUACUGCCUGUGAGGUGGCACAUCAGUACAAUAUCAGUGAAAAUAGAUCAACUUCUAGUGACGUUGGUAGUUUUUGGGGAAAAAAAAGCUCAAUUUUUCACCACUGAGCAUGGCCAGUAAAAGGAAAUCUAAAAUUCCUUGCAUGGUUCCUGCCAGUGAGACCGUGGACCAAGACCCAGAAUUGGACAUGAUUACAGAUGAUCUGCCUCCUGAUAUUUCUGAUGAGAGCUUGACAGCAGAUGGUGUAGUAAUGGAUGAUGAGAAUCUUCCAGAAAAAGAAGUGCAAGAUACUCAAAUCAAGAGACUGGAAGGAGGCUAUGAAUGUAAAUAUUGCACUUUUGAAACACAGGACUUGAAUGAAUUUACUUUGCAUGUUGACUCAAAGCACCCGAAUGUCAUUCUUAAUCCAUCCUACUUCUGUGUGGAAUGUAAUUUUACAACCAAAAGGUAUGAUACUCUAAAUGACCACAAUGCCAGAUACCAUUCGGGUGAAAUAAAUUUUAAGCUUAAAAUGGUAAAACACAAUAAUCAAACUGUCUUUGAACAGACUGUUGAAGAAUCCAAUAGUAGUGGUGUUUCUACGAAUGAAGAGCAGGCAGAAAGCACUGACAGUACUCCAAAAGGAAUUUCAAUAAGUAAAACUCCAAUUAUGAAGAUGAUUAAAAAUAAAACUGAGACCAAAAGAAUCUCUCUUUCUCCUAGUUUGGUAGAUGAAUUUACUGCUGAUCAAGAAAACAAUGAGACACUGGGGGCCAACUCAGUCUCAGGAUCUACCAAUACCGGUGGAAUUUGCAUUAACCAGGAAACAAAUGGGGGGAUACUUGAUUCAGUAGGUGUAAAUCAGAUGAUAUCAUCUCCAACUACUAAUUUCAUUCCAAAAGUUAUGAUACCUGUAAACAGCAUUCCAACUUAUAACACUAAUAUGGAUGUCAAUACUCACCUAGUGAACUCAUUCAACAAAUUUCCUUAUCCCACACCAUCAGAAGUUGCAACACUAAAGACUCAGACAAAAUAUGCAGAGGAGCAGAUUAAAAUCUGGUUCACGGCUCAGCGCCUCAAGCACGGUAUCAGUUGGACCCCAGAGGAGGUAGAGGAUGCCAAGAAAAAACUUUUCAAUGGACGUGUGCACACUAUACCACAAACAAUUACUGUCAUACCGGCACAGAUUUCAACAUCCGCUAAUGGAUUGCAACACAUCCUCCAGCCUUGUCAGAUAGUUGGCCAGCCGGGCAUUGUCUUAGCUCAGGUUGCUAAUACGAAUGCGAUUACUGGAAAUUCUCCACUUACAGUCACUGUUGCAGGAGUUGCAAAUCAAAUGCCUCAGUGGCAAAAACGCAGAGCACAGGAAGGUGACACAGGCCCUGAAGCAAAACGGGCAAAUAAUGCACCGCUUCCUCAAAUUGCUGCACAAGGAGGUUCUCUUGUUUCUGCCCCAGCCACGGAUCCAUAUAGCGUUCGCCUUAAGAAGACAAAAGAGCAACUGACAGAACUAAAAGCCAGCUUCAAUAGAAAUGCAUUUCCCAGUGAUGCAGAGAUUGCUAGAAUUAUACAAGUAACUGGCCUCUCGAGGGGUGACAUAAAGAAGUGGUUCAGUGACACGAGAUACAAUCACAGGAAUUCAAGGUGUAAUCAAAAUGUCAAUGUUCCGGAGGUCAGCAGCACUAUUGUUUUAGAUUCCGGUGAUGAAACAACACCAGAAUCCCUUGUACUAAAUCAACAGCGCAAACAUGGGUGGAAUGCUUUCCCUGAUUUUACUCCACAAAAGUUCAAAGAGAAAACGGUAGAGCAGCUCCAUCUCCUCGAAGAAAGUUUCCUUUUAAAUCCAUUUCCUACUGAUGAUGAGGUUAACAAGCUAAGGAUUGACACAAAACUCACAAGGAGGGAGAUUGAUGUCUGGUUCUGUGAACGAAGGAAAGCUAAAAGCUCUGAAUAUAAAAACGAGGAGAAUGGAAAAGCAGUUGGAAGUGAGGUUGAUAUUAAAUAUAAAGAGUCUGAAGGGGGACCUGCCAAAUCCAAUUAUGGACAAAUUCAUACCACAUCUUUGGCAAGUGGACUAGCAAUACCAAGGGUAAUGGCUGCUGCAGCUAGUAGGUUAUAUAAGAAAACACCAGAACAACUGCAUCUCCUUAAAAGUGCAUUUGUUCGCACACAGUGGCCAUCCCCAGAGGAAUAUGACAGAUUAGCAGCGGAGAGUGGACUGGCCAGAACUGACAUAGUAAGUUGGUUCGGAGAUACGCGAUAUGCUUGGAAAAAUGGAAACUUGAAAUGGUACUAUUACUAUCAAAGUGGCAAUGUGGACAGCCAAAAUGGACAAACCCAAGUGUCCUACAAAAAAUGUAAAGGCAGAGGUAGAUCAAGAGGUAGACCACGAGGAAGAGGAAGGCUCAGAGUUGGUGGAAGGGCAAAUAACUGGAGUGGAAUAUCAACCAGCAAAAUAUCUUCAAGCCUUGCUUCUUUAGGGAAAAAUGUUCUUGAACAAUACUAUUUGAAACACAAAUACUUAAACGAAGAGGACCUUGAUGAUCUUGUUGCAAGAUCGUGUAUGAGUUAUGAGAGCAUUAGGGAAUGGUUUGUACAAAGGCAAACAGAAAGUGGGGCUUCUGAGAGCAAUAAUUCAGAUGGACAGUACCCUGGUGAUGAUGAGAAAAAUGAAGCACUUGAAGAGGAUGAAGAUUGGCCUGGGGAAGAGAAUGCUAGCCAGGAAGAUGAGGAUGAUGCCUCUGAUGAACCACGGACAUGGGAAAGUCACCAUCGGUUGUUUGAGUCAAACAAUUAAAGCAGAGAAUCCUCAGCUGUGGUUCCAUAAAUUAGUUCCAUAAAGAAAUAUCCAUGCACCACGUAUUUUAUUUCUUAGUAUAAUAAAGGUUUUCUAAAUUUCCAUAGUGCCAAAGUUUUAAUACAAGAGCAGAAAUGUUUUUUGUACAUAGAUUGUUUUGGAACAGAUUUGUACAGUUGGGAUUUUACUACAUUUUUAGUGAGAUGUGCCUGAGCACAUCUGCACAUUUUUUCGUGCUGGCUAUUGCAUUUCCCAACAUGCAUUUGCCUCAAGUGUCAUAUCAUAUCUGCCUUCCUGGGAUACGGGGCAGUUUCAAUAAGCUUUGAGCAACUAAAUGACAUUUUGGAAUUAGUUUAAAACAACCAUUUAUCAGUAAAGAACUGCAAACUGAUAUAUUUGACUCAAUUAUGCAUGGUACUUUUUGUAUAUGCUUUGGAAAAUAUAUUUGGUCAAUUUUAUGUUUUGACCUUUUAGUAGAUGCUGAAAUUUACACACACAUUGUAGAUGUAGAUAAAGUCAGCGUUUUGUUUCUCCCCAAAUAUUUUCUUCAGAAGCCAUAUGCCCAGUCGCUAGCAUUUUUCAGUGUCUUCUGCAAAAGUGAUUUUGUAUACUGAAAUUAGGAAAUUGCUGCUUCUAUAUAUACAGUACUACAUUUAUAUAAUAUAUAUAGUAUUUAAAUAUUGUAAGCAUUGAGUAAGGGGGUUGCAAGCUGUGGUUUGAAUAAAUCAAUGUCCAGUUCUAAUUUUUCACGCUAUUUAUUGUACUUUAUGGUAUGAGUACAGUGAGGAGAGCAUCCAAAUAGAUUGGUCAUGCUUUUUUAUAUAUAUAAAUAUAUAUGUGUGUGUGUGUGUGUGUGUGUGUGUGUGCGUGUGUGUGUGUAUAUACAUAUAUAUAGUAUUAGAAAUUCACCACUAUAGUUAUUUGCAUUUAGUUUAUCUUGCUUAUGAAAAAAAAUGCCAUUUGUGCUCAAUCGACUUCAAUUAUGAUUUGUUUUAGAUUAUUUUCCAAAAGUAAAACUGAUACCUAUACAGCGCUAGUGGUAAGAUAAAACAGUAAAAGUGUAUCUGGAUUUAGACAUGUUUUCUAUUUCUAUAGAAAUAUUGAUCUCCUUUAAAAAUUUGAAUUAUGAUUACAGUACUGGCUGGUCCUGGUGAAUGAUGCAUUUUUAUAAUGCAAAAGAAUCAUUUGCACAUUUAUUGUACAAGUACUGUAUGUUAAAUUCUUCAAAGUUUGAUUAUUUGUUUGAACUUUGGUUGUUCAACCACUACAGGCACAUGAAGUCCUCAAUCAAGUUAGUUUGGACCUGCACUAGUGACUCUCAAGCAAUUUACCUUUUAUAUUUUACACUUUUAAUAUUCACGAAGAAUCCUGGCAAAACAUGAAUUCUUUAAAUGCACCAUGAUAAAAUCAUUGGUCUUGGUUGCAUUUUCAGAUUUAAAGUACAUGAACAGUGUUUUAGUUUUUAAAUUUAGUGAAGACUUAAUGUAGCACAUAACACUAGUACAAUUUGUACAGCUUUUCCAAACACAUUUUGGGAAAUGCUGCACCAGAUGCUUUUUUUCUGGCUUGCUAGCAAGACAGUUUUUAGUUUGUGCAGAGUGCUAGUUGCCUAAAUCGUAAAGGUUUAGUAUCCUAUAUUUUUUAAAAUGUUAAUAAGUAUCGCUGUGGUUCUGAACAGUGAAACCUUAAGACCAAACAUUGUUGGAUGGUGGCAAUGACAGAAUUUCCCUUCUAAACCUACCCCAUAAGACUAACAGAAAAUGCAAUUGAAAGUUUUUGCAUGUCCGAACCAUAUAUUAAAUCAAUGUUUUCGAAACCUUCAUGCAUUAUUUAUCGAUGUUUUACUUCCUUUUAAUCCAAACUUCUUGAUAGGUAACCUGCUGAUGUAGGUGCAUUUGGUUUUGAUACUGGUCAGAAUCCAUGUACAACUGCUCCACCAAUGAGAACUGAUCAGCAAGUAGGUGAAUCAGCAAAUUGUCAAUGUCCAAUAAAUAACAACUUCAACCUUUAUACUUUGGCUCGCAUUGCAAUUUUGUUUGUUGAGCUGCAUGCUCUGUAAGGUUCUGAGAACAAAGACAUCAAAAAUGAUUAGCAAAGGUUUGGAAUAAAUUUUGAAAAAUAUCUAUGAAUAUCUGACAUAAUCAGUCAGCAUCCGUGCCAUUAAUAGCUUUCUAGGAAACCUCAAUGUGCCGUUGACUGGGUCAUUAGAGAUUUUUAUACAGGCUUAUUUUGUAUUUGGUCUGGUACUCUUGCUAAUGUUUUUACAUUGAUAUCAUUUAGCUGUCUACUGUCUUGAUAUUUAGUUUUUAUGUAGAUUUGACAAAUUCUUUUCCAUUGAUUAUAAUGAUUGUACUAUGUGAACUCGACACAUUUCAAAAUAAACCUUCAUCUUAUGAUUUAAA